AUGGCCGAUGCAUCAGCUGUCGAGUCAAUGUCCUUACCAGUCCGAGUCGGCGAGAUCGCCCCCCAGUCGUUUGAUUCAAGCGAGUCUGCGUCGGCUAGCCAUACGGCCUUAUCGUCUUUUCAGGCGCCAGACACGCCCGUGCAUUGUGUACUGGAGUCGGGAACGAGCAGCGAGGGUCGUGCCGAAGUGAUCAUCGAGCCGCGGGGACAGGGCACCGCGGUCAGCAAUUCGAUUCAAGGAAGCGUAUCCGAUGGACGUACCUUGCAACCACAGCCGCCUAACACCCCCACCACUUGUACUGGCCCCAGCACUGCACGCGAGGGGUACAAUGCGCCACAGCUUCACCAGCGCGUGUCGAUGAACGACGGGCUUCAACAUGGUGGGCCAGUCCCCUUGCGAGCUGAUGCUCGUCUGCUGCAGCCCUCACCCAGCGCUCCGCAUGAUAACGGAGCUGAUAAUCGAGCUACUGUGGGCGAAGGGCGAGCGGUUCGAGUCGCUCGGAGUGACCUCCCAGAACUUGUAUCUGGUUCAUCUGUUACGUGCCCUACCGGUCGUGUCAACACCGACGAAGAGAUCGUAUAUCCCACCGGUGAUCACCAUAUGUAUGCCCAAUCGACCAGCACCUCAACCAUCGGAGAUGUAAGCGCUGGAGUCAGUUGCGAAGGAAACGAGGAGAGCAUCCCGGAUGAGCCACUUGAAGCAUCGAAUCGUGACUCUAGUAAUGCUCCUCCUGACGCUCGCAGCGAGCCUCGCGCCGAUGAUGACGUAAUUCUGUUGGGAGAGCGGCACGAACCGCCCUUGUUGGAUGCUCAAAUCUUUACGGUGCAGGUCGCUCACGUCGAUGAGACUAUACUCGGUCCCAAUGAGGAGGAGUGCGCUGCGGCCGACGGCCAGUCGCCAACUAGCUCAUCCGUCCAGGAAUCGAACUCGAUGCCUAGCAGCUCUGUUCCCACCUCUCCCCGAUUAGUUGCGCUCAGCGUGGGCGAAGGCACAUUGUCAUCAUUGACCCAGCUACCGGCGCUGGCUGAAGCGGGCGCUGGUAUGGACUCGCACGCCACACAGCGCAUCCACCAGCCGGCGACACCUGAAGGUCCUUCCCUUAACACUCCGCUCGAAUCCUCUCGGGAAUCAGGCCACGUCCGCCACCAGAUGUCCGCAGGAGGUCCUAUCUCACCGGAGAGGCAGAGCCUCGAUCGCCGGAACCGAGCUGUCUCGUUGUUGGAUGAGAUUACCUCGUCGAUCAGCUGCGUAUCGGAGUCGUCUCCUUCAGCCCCAGGCUCCGGGACAAUACCCGGGACGACAAAUUUCGGCUCGUCUUCCAUGAAUUCGGCUCGCCAGACACAGCACGCACCAGGGUCCGAUGCCGAUGUGUCUCUUUCCCUCCCCGCACAGGACGGCGAUGCGCCGCUGCUCCCACCGAAGUCUGCAUUCAGCAGCACACAUUCUGACAGCUUCCUCGAACCGACCACCCCUAAACCGGAUUACGCAUUGAUUGGGCCUCCAGGUCAAGCAGUAACCACGGGUGCUGGUGACCUGCUAUCGGAACGGAACGCAUCACGCGACAAUGAUCGAAUCCUUGCGAGACAGCAGCACCCGGCUUUAGCCAGGGAUCACUUGAAGCAGACGAAGGGGCUUGCCAGUGCGCCAGGCUCAACCACCACUGCGCGGAUCAACUGGACCCAGGAUUCCAGCAUGCUGUCCUCAGGCUACGCGGCGCGGCGUGAACAGGGGGGAAUACGCUACCCCAAAAUGCACUCACUGGUUGGGCGCAUACAUCACCCGCCGGAUACAAUCCGUUGUCGCAAUUUCCCGUGGCGGCGGCAUCAUCCAGAGGCGAGGACGUUUUACGAGCCACGAUCCCACCUCGUGGCCAAUUCAUCUUAG